UCACUGAGUAACCCGAAAGCAAAAGACUGAGAGAGAACCAAGCGAUCUAACAAUGAGGAAGAGGACGCUCGUGUCCGUUUUGUUCCUUUUCUCGCUUCUGUUUCUUCUUCCAGAUCAAGGAAGAAAGUUACACGCGAAUGCAGAAGAUAGUUCCGAUGAGGUUACAGAUCCACCAAAGGUGGAGGAGAAAAUUGGUGGUCACGGUGGUUUAUCAACGGAUUCCGAUGUAGUUCAUAGAGAGUCUGAGUCGAUGUCAAAGAAGACGCUUCGCAGUAACGCGGAGAAGUUUGAGUUCCAGGCUGAGGUUUCUCGGCUUAUGGACAUUAUUAUCAACUCUCUCUACAGUAACAAGGACAUUUUCUUAAGAGAAUUGAUCUCCAAUGCUUCUGAUGCCUUGGACAAAAUUAGGUUCCUUGCACUCACUGACAAAGACGUUUUGGGUGAAGGUGACACUGCUAAGCUUGAGAUCCAGAUUAAGCUUGACAAAGCCAAGAAGAUUCUUUCUAUUCGGGACCGGGGAAUUGGUAUGACUAAGGAAGACUUAAUCAAGAACCUUGGUACCAUAGCAAAAUCUGGAACGUCAGCUUUUGUUGAGAAGAUGCAAUCAAGCGGGGAUUUGAACCUUAUUGGACAAUUUGGAGUUGGAUUCUACUCUGCCUAUCUUGUUGCUGACUACAUUGAAGUCAUUAGCAAGCACAAUGAUGACAGCCAGUAUGUAUGGGAAUCAAAGGCUGACGGUAAAUUUGCUGUUUCCGAAGAUACAUGGAAUGAGCCUCUUGGUCGUGGAACCGAAAUCAGAUUACAUCUUAGGGAUGAAGCUGGCGAGUACCUAGAAGAAAGUAAACUUAAGGAUUUGGUGAAGAGAUAUUCUGAAUUCAUUAACUUCCCUAUCUCCCUAUGGGCUAGCAAAGAGGUUGAAACCGAGGUCCCAGUUGAGGAAGAUGAAUCAACUGAUGAGGAAACUGAAACCACCUCUACCGAGGAAGAAAAGGAAGAAGAUGCUGAGGAGGAAGAUGGUGAAAAAAAGCAGAAAACCAAGAAGGUGAAAGAAACAGUUUAUGAAUGGGAGCUUCUGAAUGAUGUUAAGGCUAUAUGGCUGAGAAGUCCAAAGGAGGUGACGGAGGAAGAAUACACUAAAUUCUACCACUCUCUCUCAAAGGAUUUUACCGAAGAGAAGCCAAUGGCUUGGAGUCACUUUAAUGCUGAAGGUGAUGUUGAAUUCAAGGCUGUGUUGUAUGUUCCUCCGAAAGCUCCCCAUGAUCUGUACGAGAGCUACUACAACAGCAACAAGGCGAACUUGAAGCUAUAUGUCAGGAGGGUAUUCAUCUCAGAUGAAUUUGAUGAGCUUCUGCCUAAGUAUUUGAGUUUCUUGAAGGGUCUUGUUGACUCUGACACAUUGCCUCUAAAUGUAUCACGAGAAAUGCUUCAACAACAUAGCAGCUUAAAGACAAUUAAGAAGAAGCUUAUCCGAAAGGCACUUGAUAUGAUCCGCAAGCUUGCUGAAGAAGAUCCUGAUGAGAUCCAUGAUGAUGACAAAAAAGAUGUGGAGAAGUCUGGUGAGAACGAUGAGAAGAAGGGUCAAUACACAAAAUUCUGGAAUGAGUUUGGCAAGUCAGUCAAACUAGGCAUCAUUGAGGAUGCUGCUAACAGGAACCGCUUGGCAAAACUUCUUCGUUUUGAGACAACAAAGUCCGAUGGAAAAUUGACUUCCCUGGAUCAGUACAUUAAGAGAAUGAAAAAGGGGCAAAAGGACGUAUUUUACAUCACAGGAAGCAGCAGGGAACAACUGGAGAAAUCUCCAUUCCUGGAGAGGCUCAUCAAGAAGGGCUAUGAGGUUAUCUUCUUCACAGACCCUGUUGAUGAAUACUUGAUGCAAUACCUGAUGGAUUACGAAGACAAAAAGUUCCAGAAUGUGUCAAAGGAAGGACUGAAGGUUGGGAAAGAUUCAAAAGACAAGGAGCUGAAGGAAGCAUUCAAGGAGCUAACCAAGUGGUGGAAAGGAAAUCUCGCUAGCGAGAACGUGGACGAUGUCAAAAUCAGCAACCGUUUGGCUGACACUCCCUGUGUAGUUGUAACAUCCAAGUUCGGAUGGAGUGCAAAUAUGGAGAGGAUCAUGCAGUCCCAAACUCUCUCCGAUGCUAAUAAGCAAGCUUACAUGCGCGGAAAGAGAGUCCUAGAGAUCAAUCCACGACACCCUAUCAUCAAAGAACUCAAGGAUAGAAUUGCAAGUGACCCAGAGGAUGAGAGUGUGAAAGAAACAGCACAACUCAUGUACCAGACGGCUUUGAUCGAGAGUGGAUUCGUACUCAACGACCCAAAAGACUUUGCAGGCCGUAUCUACAACUCCGUCAAGAGCAGUCUGAAAAUAAGCCCUGAUGCAGUAGUCGACGAGGAAGUCGAGGCAGCAGAGGAACCGGAGACCAGUGAGGCAACUGAGACGAAAUCAGAUGACUUGGCUGGUGGUCUAAACAUUGAAGCCGAACCCGUUGAGCAACAAGAAGAGAACACCAAGGACGAACUAUGCAGUUUCACCGUGUGGCCGGGAAUUUUGUCCAACUCCGGAAGCGGCGACAUAGGCACUACCGGUUUCGAGCUCGUCCCCGGUGAUUCACGUUCGUUCCAAGCUCCAGCUAGUUGGUCAGGUCGGUUUUGGGCAAGAACCGGUUGCAACUUCAACUCGGACACAGGCCAAGGCACGUGCAUAACCGGAGACUGCGGCUCUAACCAGGUCGAAUGUAACGGUGCAGGAGCCAAACCUCCCGCCACACUCGCCGAAUUCACAAUCGGGUCAGGUCCAGAAGACCCGGCCCGUAAACAAGACUUCUACGACGUGAGCCUCGUGGAUGGUUACAACGUUCCCAUGUUGGUUGAAGCAAGUGGCGGGUCAGAAGGUACUUGUCAGACAACAGGAUGCGUAACGGAUCUUAACCAAAAAUGUCCAACGGAGCUCCGGUUCGGAACCGGGUCAGCAUGCAAGAGCGCGUGUGAAGCUUUUGGUAGUCCAGAAUAUUGUUGUAGUGGCGCGUACGCUUCACCCACCGAGUGUAAACCAUCCAUGUACUCGGAGAUAUUCAAAUCGGCGUGUCCAAGAUCGUAUAGCUACGCGUUCGACGAUGCUACAAGUACGUUCACAUGUACUGAUGCUGAUUACACAAUCACUCUUUGCCCUUCCUUGCCUAGCGAAUGGGUGGAGAGAUGGCAGUGGAUUGGCAGAAACAUCAUCGUCGCCAUUAUCGACGUGGUUGUCCGAUGUUUUCACCUCUGAUUCCUCACAUGUUCAGUCUUCCCAAUAUUUACUCAUAUUUUCUAUUUUUCUUCUUCGGCGAUUUUGAUAUUUUUGUUUCUCAUUUCCGGGUGUAUAUUUUCUAAUCUUAUUACAUUAAUAUGCUUCAUGAUUAUGCGCAUUGAAUUUAACAA